ACGGGACGGAGGGGGGGUUGUCAUAGCAACGGGCCUUAGUAACCGGGGCUGCAGCGGCGGUCGGCUCCGCUACGCUAAAUACAAGGAGCGGGCCCGCAACCCAGACCGAUCCCCGGUUCCGAUCAGAGGUUCCUGGGAUAGUCCCCUCUUUCCCCUCCCCAUCCCCCUCCUUGGUUGUUGAGAAAGGUUGGAGCCGGCGGGGUAGCAGCGCCUGCGCGGCCGGAGCUUUCCGCUUUUCCCUCUCACACCCCCCCCCGGAACCUUUGUCGGGAGGCGGCGGGUUGCACCCGGACGUUGCUAGGGCCCCGGGUCCGGCGGCGCUCAGAGAUGUUCAAGAACACGUUCCAGAGCGGAUUCCUCUCGAUCCUCUACAGUAUCGGCAGUAAACCCCUGCAGAUCUGGGACAAGAAGGUGAGAAACGGCCACAUAAAGAGAAUCACUGACAAUGACAUUCAGUCCCUGGUCUUGGAGGUUGAGGGAACCAAUGUCAGCACAACAUACAUCACCUGCCCAGCAGAUCCCAAGAAGACCCUCGGUAUCAAGCUACCUUUCCUGGUGAUGAUCAUCAAGAACCUGAAGAAAUAUUUUACUUUCGAAGUGCAGGUUCUGGAUGAUAAGAAUGUGCGCCGGCGAUUCCGAGCGAGUAACUACCAGAGUACGACUCGGGUGAAGCCGUUCAUCUGCACGAUGCCGAUGAGGCUGGAUGAUGGCUGGAACCAGAUCCAGUUUAACCUGUCCGACUUCACCCGGCGAGCGUAUGGCACAAACUACAUAGAGACUCUGCGAGUACAGAUUCACGCAAACUGUCGAAUCCGUCGAGUUUACUUCUCUGACAGGCUGUAUUCUGAGGAUGAGCUCCCAGCUGAAUUCAAGCUUUAUCUACCUGUACAGAAUAAGGCCAAGUGAGCAUGAUGAGCAGGAUGAAGCUUCCGUGUGUUAUCAGGAGUCUAGAACCACCUCUUCUCUUCAGUACUAUCACCUUGCCCAAUAUAAGGUUUCUCUGUGGAAAAUAAAUGUUUUGUAUAUUUUCAUUUAAUAUAAGCCUGGUGAUUUAAACAUUCUUGUUGUUUUGCUUUAAAUAUUGUACCUUUUUCUGUAUUAAAACUUUCUUUUAUCUAA